AUCCCCACCCUUCGACAGCUGACAAGCAAGUCACUAGAAAACGCAGCUGCUGUCAACAGUUGCUCGCCUUUGGCUAGUCUGUGCUGUCGUGUAGAACAAUGUCUUCACUCUUUUAUUGGUAUUGUUUUGACUCUGCAGUAACUCGUCGAGUUUUGAAGUACAGAAGAACUAGGAGAAUGAAUCAUAAUACAUUUCAGUAUGUGCUGCAGAACAUUCAAGACAAAAUUUCGAAACAGAACACAAAUUUUCGCAGAAGUAUAACAGCAGAAGAAAAAUUGUGUAUAACGAUAAGGUAUCUGUCCACUGGCAUCUCCUUUCAUGCACUGGCAUCGUCAUUCCGAUUAGGAGUGUCCACCGUAUCAGUGUUGGUGAAAGACGUUUGUAUGGCCAUAUGGGAGUCACUUGCUCCCAUUCAUUUACCAACGCCAACUGUUUCUCGAUUUAAAGAAAUUGCCAGUGAAAUGCAUACGAGAUGGGGAUUUCCAAACUGUGUUGGAUGUAUAGACGGGAAGCACAUACGUGUCCAAUGUCCUAAACUUUCUGGCAGCAUGUUUUACAAUUACAAACAGUAUUAUUCGAUUGUACUCCAAGCAGUUGCUGAUGCAAAUUACAAAUUUAUAGCUGUGGAUGUUGGUGCCUACGGUAAACAGUCUGAUGCAGGUGUGUUUAAAGAAAGUAUGUUAUAUAAGAAACUUACAAAUGGGGAGCUGUUAUUACCGCCACCAACAAGACUUGAAGGAAUGUGUCAGGAACUACCGUACGUCAUUUUGGGAGAUGAAGCUUACCCCUUAUUAGAGAAUUUGAUGAGACCUUUUCCUCGGAGAAAUUUGGACAACGAGAAGAUUCUAUACAAUGAUAUGCAUUCCAGAGCAAGAAAAGUUGUUGAAUGUGCAUUUGGUAUAAUGACCAAUAAAUGGAGACUACUGAGGAAGGAAAUUGAAACAUCCGUUGACGUAGCUGAUCACAUAGUCAAGUGCAUUUGUCUACUUCAUAAUAUUGUCAUUGACAGAGAAGGAUGCAAUGUUGAAGCUGAAAAGUUUUGUAACAAUGCUGAUAUGCAGACAGCUGGUGCCACAUUCAACAGAAAUUCCACAUUACGUUCGAAAACUGUCAGGAACACUUUUGUUGAAUAUUUCGUUAAAAAUGCAACUUAAAAUAAUUAAAAAACCUCUCAAAUAAAUUUUGGAAUUGAAAGUACUUUGCUAUUUACUGUAUUUUCUUGUA